UGAGAGCGCCGGCCCCGCAGCGCCCAGCUGUUGCUGUGACACUGAUUUGCUGGUGGCCGCCGGAGAGAGGCCCCGCGGGUUCCGACCCGUGCGCUCGCCGCCAGCUGCAGCGCAGCCUCCUUGGCCUUGCCCUCCGCGCAGCCCUGGGCAUCACCGCAGCCCGCGCAGCAAAGCCAACUAAAAAAAAUCCCUGAACCCCUCAACACCUCGCCGCCCCUCCCCGCCCCGCUCCGGCGGAAUUGACUGACGCGCCGAACGCGGCCCAGUCGGGCCGAGCGCGCCGACGGAGCCGCCGUAGGUGAGGGGCCCGCGUCCCCGCCCGCUGUGGGCGCCGCGCCUGGCACGGAGCCCGCGCGCCCGCCCGCCCGCCGCAGCCGCCGCCGCCCGCGGGCACCAUGACCGCUCUGAGCGCUGGGGUUACAGACUUUGGCUUUGCACUUGCUCCCCCAAGCUAACUUCAGCAUGCUCAAAAGGAAGCAGAGUUCCAGGGUGGAAACCCAGCCCGUUGCUGACUUCGGUCCUGAUGAGUCUCUGUCAGACAAUGCGGACAUCCUCUGGAUUAACAAGCCAUGGGUCCACUCUUUGCUGCGCAUCUGUGCCAUCAUCAGCGUCAUCUCCGUUUGCAUGAACACGCCAAUGACCUUUGAGCACUACCCGCCUCUGCAGUAUGUCACCUUUACUUUGGAUACUCUACUGAUGUUUCUCUACACAGCAGAGAUGAUAGCAAAGAUGCACAUCCGGGGGAUUGUCAAGGGGGAUAGUUCCUACGUGAAAGAUCGCUGGUGCGUUUUUGAUGGAUUUAUGGUGUUUUGUCUUUGGGUUUCAUUGGUGUUACAGGUGUUUGAAAUUGCUGAUCUAGUCGAUCAAAUGUCACCUUGGAGCAUGCUGCGAAUCCCCCGGCCUCUAAUUAUGAUCCGGGCAUUCCGCAUUUACUUCCGAUUUGAACUGCCAAGGACCAGAAUCACGAAUAUUUUAAAGCGAUCGGGAGAACAAAUAUGGAGUGUUUCCAUUUUCCUGCUCUUCUUUCUGCUUCUCUAUGGGAUUUUAGGAGUUCAGAUGUUUGGGACAUUUACCUAUCACUGCGUAGUAAAUGACACAAAACCAGGGAAUGUAACCUGGAAUAGUUUAGCUAUCCCAGAUACCCACUGCUCACCUGAGCUAGAAGAAGGCUACCAGUGCCCACCAGGAUUUAAAUGCAUGGACCUUGAAGAUCUGGGACUUAGCAGGCAAGAGCUGGGCUACAGUGGCUUUAAUGAGAUAGGCACCAGCAUAUUCACAGUCUAUGAGGCCGCCUCUCAGGAAGGCUGGGUGUUCCUCAUGUACAGAGCCAUUGACAGCUUUCCCCGUUGGCGUUCCUACUUCUACUUCAUCACUCUCAUUUUCUUCCUUGCUUGGCUUGUCAAGAACGUGUUUAUUGCUGUCAUCAUCGAAACCUUCGCAGAAAUCAGAGUACAAUUUCAACAGAUGUGGGGAUCAAGAAGCAGUACAACUUCAACAGCGACCACGCAGAUGUUUCAUGAAGAUGCUGCUGGUGGCUGGCAGCUGGUAGCUGUGGAUGUCAACAAGCCCCAGGGACGCGCCCCAGCCUGCCUCCAGAAAAUGAUGCGAUCGUCUGUGUUCCACAUGUUCAUCCUGAGCAUGGUGACCGUGGAUGUGAUCGUGGCCGCAAGCAACUACUACAAAGGAGAGAACUUCCGGAGGCAGCACGAUGAGUUCUACCUGGCCGAGGUGGCUUUUACGGUGCUCUUUGAUUUGGAAGCACUUCUGAAGAUAUGGUGUUUGGGAUUUACUGGAUAUAUUAGCUCAUCUCUCCACAAAUUCGAGCUGCUCCUUGUGAUUGGAACUACUCUUCAUGUGUAUCCAGAUCUCUAUCAUUCUCAAUUCACGUAUUUCCAGGUUCUUCGGGUGGUUCGACUCAUUAAGAUUUCACCUGCAUUAGAAGACUUCGUAUACAAGAUAUUCGGUCCAGGAAAAAAGCUUGGGAGUCUGGUUGUGUUUACUGCCAGUCUCCUGAUUGUGAUGUCAGCAAUUAGUUUGCAGAUGUUCUGCUUUGUGGAAGAGCUGGACAGAUUCACAACUUUCCCAAGGGCAUUUAUGUCCAUGUUCCAGAUCCUCACCCAGGAAGGAUGGGUGGAUGUAAUGGACCAGACACUAAACGCUGUGGGGCACAUGUGGGCACCUGUGGUUGCCAUCUAUUUCAUUCUCUAUCAUCUCUUCGCCACGCUGAUCCUCCUGAGUUUGUUUGUUGCUGUAAUUUUGGACAACUUAGAACUUGAUGAAGAUCUAAAGAAGCUAAAACAAUUAAAGCAAAGUGAAGCGAAUGCAGACACCAAAGAGAAGCUCCCUUUGCGCCUGCGAAUCUUUGAAAAAUUUCCAAACAGACCACAGAUGGUGAAAAUCUCCAAGCUCCCUUCAGAUUUUACAGUUCCUAAGAUCAGGGAGAGCUUUAUGAAGCAGUUUAUCGAUCGCCAGCAACAGGAUACCUGCUGCCUCUUCCGGAUCCUCCCUUCGGCCUCCUCCUCUUCCUGCGAUCACCCCAAACGGUCAGCCAUCGAGGACAACAAAUACAUUGAUCAAAAACUUCGCAAGUCUGUUUUCAGCAUCAGGGCAAGGAAUCUUCUGGAAAAGGAGACAGCAGUCACUAAAAUCUUAAGAGCUUGCACUCGACAGCGCAUGCUGAGUGGAUCAUUUGAGGGGCAACCAGCCAAGGAGAGGUCAAUCCUCAGUGUGCAGCAUCAUAUUCGCCAAGAGCGCAGGUCACUAAGACACGGAUCAAACAGCCAGAGGAUCAGCAGGGGGAAGUCUCUUGAAACUUUGACUCAAGACCAUUCCAAUACAGUGAGAUACAGGAACGCGCAGCGAGAAGACAGUGAGAUAAAGAUGAUUCAGGAAAAGAAGGAGCAAGCAGAAAUGAAAAGGAAAGUGCAAGAGGAGGAACUGAGGGAGAACCACCCGUACUUCGAUAAGCCGCUGUUCAUUGUCGGCCGGGAGCACAGGUUCAGAAACUUCUGCCGCGUGGUGGUCCGAGCUCGCUUCAACGCAUCUAAAACGGACCCUGUCACAGGAGCUGUGAAGAAUACAAAGUAUCAUCAACUGUAUGAUUUGCUGGGACUGGUCACCUACCUGGACUGGGUCAUGAUCAUCGUAACCAUCUGCUCUUGCAUUUCCAUGAUGUUCGAAUCCCCCUUUCGAAGAGUCAUGCACGCACCUACUUUGCAGAUUGCUGAGUACGUCUUUGUGAUAUUCAUGAGCAUUGAGCUUAAUCUGAAGAUUAUGGCAGAUGGCUUAUUUUUCACUCCAACUGCUGUCAUCAGGGACUUUGGAGGAGUGAUGGACAUAUUUAUAUAUCUAGUGAGCCUGAUAUUUCUUUGUUGGAUGCCUCAAAAUGUGCCGGCUGAAUCUGGAGCUCAGCUCCUAAUGGUUCUUCGGUGCCUGAGACCUCUUCGGAUAUUCAAAUUGGUGCCCCAGAUGAGGAAAGUUGUUCGAGAACUUUUCAGCGGCUUCAAGGAAAUUUUUUUGGUCUCCAUUCUCUUGCUGACAUUAAUGCUUGUCUUUGCAAGCUUUGGAGUUCAGCUUUUUGCUGGAAAACUGGCCAAGUGCAAUGAUCCCAACAUCAUCCGAAGGGAAGAUUGCAAUGGUAUAUUCAGAAUCAAUGUCAGUGUUUCCAAGAAUUUAAAUUUAAAAUUAAGACCUGGAGAGAAAAAGCCUGGUUUCUGGGUACCCCGUGUCUGGGCGAAUCCUCGGAACUUUAAUUUUGACAACGUGGGCAAUGCGAUGCUGGCAUUGUUUGAAGUUCUCUCCUUGAAAGGCUGGGUGGAAGUGAGGGAUGUUAUUAUUCAUCGUGUGGGGCCGAUCCAUGGAAUCUAUAUUCAUGUUUUUGUAUUCCUGGGUUGUAUGAUUGGACUGACCCUUUUUGUUGGAGUUGUUAUUGCUAAUUUCAAUGAAAACAAGGGGACGGCUUUGCUGACCGUGGAUCAGAGACGAUGGGAAGACCUCAAGAGCAGACUGAAGAUCGCUCAGCCCCUUCAUCUCCCACCUCGCCCGGAUAAUGAUGGCUUCAGAGCUAAAAUGUAUGACAUAACCCAGCAUCCAUUUUUCAAGAGGACAAUUGCAUUGCUUGUUUUGGCCCAGUCGGUGUUGCUCUCGGUCAAGUGGGAUGUCGAGGACCCUGUGACUGUCCCUUUGGCAACGAUGUCCGUUGUUUUCACCUUCAUCUUUGUUCUAGAGGUCACAAUGAAGAUCAUAGCAAUGUCGCCUGCUGGCUUCUGGCAAAGCAGGAGGAACCGAUAUGAUCUCCUGGUGACCUCCCUCGGUGUGGUGUGGGUGGUACUUCACUUCGCUCUCCUGAAUGCAUACACCUACAUGAUGGGCGCCUGCGUGAUUGUGUUUAGGUUUUUCUCCAUCUGUGGAAAGCAUGUGACACUGAAGAUGCUUCUCCUGACCGUGGUGGUCAGCAUGUACAAGAGCUUCUUCAUCAUCGUGGGCAUGUUCCUCCUGCUGCUGUGCUACGCUUUUGCGGGAGUCGUUUUAUUUGGGACUGUGAAGUACGGAGAGAACAUUAACAGGCAUGCAAAUUUUUCCUCAGCUGGCAAAGCUAUCACCGUUCUGUUCCGAAUUGUCACAGGUGAAGACUGGAACAAGAUUAUGCAUGACUGUAUGGUGCAGCCUCCUUUCUGCACUCCAGAUGAAUUUACAUACUGGGCGACAGACUGUGGGAAUUAUGCCGGAGCACUCAUGUAUUUCUGUUCCUUUUAUGUCAUCAUUGCCUACAUCAUGUUAAAUCUGCUCGUAGCCAUAAUUGUAGAGAAUUUCUCCUUGUUUUACUCUACUGAGGAAGACCAGCUCCUAAGUUACAACGAUCUUCGCCACUUCCAGAUCAUAUGGAAUAUGGUGGAUGACAAAAGAGAGGGGGUGAUCCCCACGUUCCGGGUGAAGUUCCUGCUGCGGCUGCUGCGCGGGAGGCUGGAGGUGGACCUGGACAAGGACAAGCUCCUGUUUAAGCACAUGUGCUACGAGAUGGAGCGGCUGCACAAUGGCGGUGACGUCACCUUCCACGACGUCCUGAGCAUGCUUUCAUACCGGUCCGUUGAUAUCCGGAAAAGUUUGCAGUUGGAGGAGCUCCUGGCACGGGAGCAGCUGGAGUACACCAUAGAGGAAGAGGUGGCCAAGCAGACCAUCCGCAUGUGGCUGAAGAAGUGCCUCAAGCGCAUCAGAGCUAAACAGCAGCAGUCCUGUAGCAUCAUCCACAGCCUGAGAGAGAGCCAGCAGCAAGAGCUGAGCCGGUUCCUGAACCCUCCCAGCAUCGAGACCACCCAGCCAAGUGAGGAUGCCAACGCCAACAGCCAGGACCCUAACACGCAGCCUGAGACAAGCAGCCAGCAGCAGCUCCUGAGCCCCACGCUGUCUGACAGAGGAGGAAGCCGGCAGGACGCAGCCGAUGCUGGGAAACCCCAGAGGAAGUUUGGGCAGUGGCGCUUGCCCUCUGCACCAAAACCAAUAAGCCACUCAGUGUCUUCAGUCAACUUACGGUUUGGAGGGAGGACGACGAUGAAAUCUGUAGUGUGCAAGAUGAACCCCAUGACGGAUGCAGCUUCCUGUGGCUCUGAGGUGAAGAAGUGGUGGACGAGGCAACUGACCGUGGAGAGUGAUGAAAGUGGAGAUGACCUUCUGGACAUUUAGGUGGAAAUCAAAGCAGGUGCAGGUCUAGUGGUGAAAACCAUUUUUUAGGAUUUUUCUUGAUCGUCCAGUGAAUAGUCUGUAAUCGAUACAUAAUUCAAACCCAAUGUGGCACAAGAAUUUCUUUUAAGUGACUUUUGUCCUGCCAUAGGAAGUCAUAAUAAUUGGUCUGUCCAAGUUGUGGCUAUGAUGGGCUAUUGUCAUGUGUUCAAGGACAGUUGGGCGAUGGCAGUAUUGAUGAUGUUAGCAACCACAUCAACAGUAGAUGUGGACCACUCAGAAAUUCCCCCGCACUGUGUUCUGUGUCAGUGAACUAAGGUGUACCUUCAUCUGUGCUCUUCUGCAUUAUUGUCAGCCUCAGAGUGCUAAGCCAAAGUGGCUGAUAUUUAUGGUAUAAGAGCUGUAGCUUUAGUUUCCUUCUUUCCCAUCCACCAGAAAUACUUCUCUUGGGAGAAUUUAUUAUUUAUGAUUGAUCUGAAAAGGUCAGCGCUGUGCUCAUGCUAAAAUGAUAGUAGUUUUACAAACUACAGAUCCUGAAUUUUUACUAUUAUAUUUCUUUUCUUGUUUUAUUUUUAAAAAUGGGUACAAGAUCAUUUGGAGAUCAGAGCAAGUUAACUUCUGUCCUUAGUUCCUCUAAUGAAACUGUUGCCUGCAUAAAAAAAAAAGUACGCACAGGGAACAGGAAAUGAUACUGGUCCAAGGAGCUAAUUGAUUCCAAACAAAUCUGUAGUUGGUCACUGGAGAGACAUAGUUAUGCAAAAAUGUUGAGUUUCUUUAAAACCCAUUUAAUUACUGAGUUUAGAAAAAAUAAGACAACUUUUUUUUUUAAAAAGUGCAUGUGUGAAGUUGUCAUAGGCUUCAUUUCUUACUCAAAGUAUGUCCAUUUUGCCAUAAAUCGCAGAUUCCCAACACACACUCACUCUGUUAGAUUCCAAAGGACUCCCUUGCUACCAGAAUCCCCUAGGGGAAUAAUGGUUUCUGCAGAACCUUUCUCUGAACUCACAGAUUAGGUCUCCCACAACUCCACUGUAGUUUUUGCACACAUCAUUGGUUCGUGUCCUCUGGGAAAAUUAGAAAAGCAAAAUGACUGAAAGUACUUUCAGACCCUUUGUGCUGGGUCAACGGAGUAGUUGUGGGUUUGGGCUUUUAACUAUUACCAUUGGUUGUUUAAAAAAAGAAUCUAAAGAGCAUAUCUCCAGAAUGGUUAUCUCAUACUGCUGGGACUCUAGGUUGCUUUAUGGCCUCUUUUUCUUUAUUUAACAUUCCUCAGUUAGCCAAACACCACAUUCCUCUGUAUCACAAAUAAAAUGUUGUGGUGUCAGUCUGUAUGAUUCAUUUUGACUGUGAGCUAGAUCAUGGACAGUUCAAGUCAGUGCAGCUGAAAGGAUUUUUUUGUUGUUGUUGUUCACUUGUAGUUUACUUUUUGUAUAUAAAAAAAUAAAGAUUGGAUUUGUAAAAGAAUUUA